ACUGAACCCUAAUAGGAAACAUGUACCUACAGUAGAUCAUAUUAUCUUCCCAUUUGGCAAACUGGUUUCUGUACAUGUUUUAACAAGGUUCAAAUGUACUGAUUUGAUUAGGAAAGGGGACCAUGACAUGGAAGAAGUUAGGAGCCAUUUAUGAUGGAGACUGGAAAGAUGACCAUCGUUGUGGCUUUGGUACAUAUAGUUUACCUGAGGGGGCUGGAUACAGAAAGGUUUACUCUGGAGGAUGGAAAAAUGAUAAAAGACAUGGUUAUGGAACUAAUUUCUACUCAUAUAACGAAUACUAUGAAGGGGAGUGGUAUGCAGACAAGCGCAGUGGCUGGGGAAGAAUGUAUUAUUCAGAUGGUGCAGUUUAUGAAGGAGAAUGGUACAAUAACAUGAAAAAUGGUGAAGGAAUGCUCAGGCUAGCAAAUGACAAUCGAUAUGAAGGUCAGUGGAAAGAUGGCAAAAAACAUGGAAAAGGAAAAUUUUUCUACCUUGACCGAGGGCAGUUAUACACUGGAGUGUGGUGUGAUGACAUUCCAAAAUGUGGCACUGUUGAAGAUUUUGGUCGACAUGAAGCCCCCAAGCCAACAACAUACCCACUACCCGAGUGUAAACUUCAAGAUACAAAAGGUGUAGUCAAAGAUGCAGAAGACACAUUUCUGGAUGAACAGCAGUGAUGAUAAAUUGAUGCUUUAAUUUUAUAUAACUUGAUAGUUAUUAAGUUCCCUUUUUUUUCUAAAAAUGUACAUAUAUACCAACAGAAGCCACAGGCAUGUGAUAUAAUACACAAGAACCCUGUACACCGCAGCUAAAAUUAAACAAUAUUGUGAUGAACAUCAGUGUAGUUUAAAACAAAGAAAACAACCUGGCUAAAAGUAGUACAACUUUUAAACUAUCUGUCUUCAUGAACAAGACAUUCUUGAGUUCCAGUAGCAAAACGUCAACAAACAAUCCUUCUAAACCACAGAAAGAAUAAUGUUAUGAGUUAUACAAGAGGUAGCCUGUUAGGUCAUUGAAUGAUGAUUGGAAAACUUGGAUGUAAUGGCAGCAAAUAAAAUCAUAUUACAACUAAAAUCAGGUUUAAAAGAAGCUAGACGUAUUCUUUACUGUUCACUGUAAUCACUAAUGGCAGCCUGUUAUAAGCCUUUCACAAUGUUAAUAACUUAAUAUUAUUUUUGUACAGCAACUUCUACUAUGCUCCAGUUAUUAAGAGCAAUACAAUAAUGUACUUGUUAUCAAUAAAAUAAAAUAAAUACUUUCUUGUUUAA